CCGCGGUCACGGCGGGUUCACUCGCUGCACGAUGGCGGAGGGAGGCGGACCCGAGUCGGGUAACGCUUCGGACCCUGACGAGAAGCCGGUGAUCGCACAGACACCAGUACCGUCCACGGAAAGUCAAAAGCAGAGCAUCGGCACCCUGCUAAAGAGGCCACUUCGAAAGGGAGAUGAGUGGUAUUUGAUUGACAGCCGGUGGUUCAAACAGUGGAAGAAAUAUGUGGGCUUUGACAGCUGGGAUUUGUACAAUGUUGGAGAGCACAAUCUGUACCCAGGACCCAUUGACAACUCUGGACUCUUUUCAGAUCACAAGUCGCAGACAUUGAAAGAGCAUCUCAUAGAUGAGUUAGACUAUGUUUUAGUUCCUACAGAGGCCUGGAAUAAGCUGGUCAGCUGGUACGGCUGUCUGGAGGGUCAAAAACCCAUCAUCAGAAAGGUUGUUGAACAUGGAAUGUUUGUGAAGCACUGUAAAGUGGAAGUGUAUUUGCUUGAGUUGAACCUGUGCGAUAAUGACAACAUCGACAAAGUUGUUACCCGCCAUUUCAGCAAAGCUGACACUAUAGAUACUAUUGAAAAGGAAAUGAGGUCUUUAUUCGAUAUCCCAUCUGAAAAGGAAACUCGACUUUGGAAUAAAUAUAUGAGUAACACUUACGAACAACUUAACAAGCUCGACAGUACCGUACAGGACGCAGGGCUUUUUCAGGGCCAGGUUCUUGUUAUAGAGAAGAAGAAUGAGGAUGGCACAUGGCCCAGACAGACCUGCCAUUCCAAGUCCAGUACUUCCACCUCUCGGAAUUUUACAACCUCCCCAAAACUCUCUUCUAACUCAUCUGCCACCAUAUCCUCCACAAUAACAAAUGGGGAUAGCAAUAGCAACUCUGGCUACAUGCUGAACAACAGUACUUCUGGUAACAGACUGGGAAGUUACAACUCCUACAGCUCCUCUUACAGUUACAGAGAAUCUUCCGCUCAGGAAGGCCUCUGCGGUCUGAGCAACCUGGGCAACACCUGCUUCAUGAACUCCGCUCUCCAGUGCCUGAGCAACACUCCCCCUCUAACGGAAUAUUUCUUGGAAGACCGAUACGAAGCUGAGAUCAACAGGGAAAAUCCAUUAGGGAUGCGAGGGGAGAUUGCAGAGGCCUAUGCGGAUCUGGUCAAACAGAUGUGGCUUAGUCGGAGCAGUUAUGUGGCGCCACGCACUUUUAAAACCCAGGUUGGUCGGUUUGCCCCGCAGUUCUCAGGGUACCAGCAACAAGACUCUCAGGAGCUGUUGGCCUUUCUCCUGGACGGCCUACAUGAGGACCUUAACCGUGUUAAGAAGAAGCCUUAUCUGGCCCUGAGAGAUGCUGAGGGACGGCCUGAUGAGAUUGUAGCCAAGGAAGCAUGGGCGAAUCACCGGUUGCGGAACGAUUCUGUAAUCGUGGACAUCUUCCAUGGCUUGUUCAAAUCUACACUGGUUUGCCCAGAAUGCUCCAAAGUUUCCGUUACCUUUGACCCCUUCUGCUACCUCACACUGCCCCUGCCCAUGAAAAAGGAUCGCACUAUGGAGGUGUUCCUGGUCCGCACUGACCCGCAGUUUAGACCCAUGCAAUAUCGUGUAGUCGUUCCCAAAAUGGGUGUAGUUGCAGACCUGUGCAGCGCUUUGGCCAAGCUAUCCGGAGUUUCUUCAGAGAAUAUGGUUGUUGCAGAUGUUUACAAUCACAGAUUCCACAAAAACUACAAACGGGAUGACGGUCUCAAUCACAUCUUGGAGAAGGAUGACAUUUUUGUUUAUGAGGUGUUAGAGGAAGAUAGUGAGAAGAUGAACCUUCCAGUGUACUUCAGAGAGAGGCAUUCUAAGCACAGCGGAGGCUCUUCGGGCACAAUGCUCUUCGGCCAGCCUCUCCUCAUCACUGUCCAGCGCCACAACCUUACCGUGGAUACCCUCUAUGAGCGCGUGCUGGAGAGGAUCGGGCGUUACGUUAAACGUUCACAGGGUACCAUUACUGAUAGUAGAGCAUCUGCCUCGGCCACGUCCUCUAGCAGCAGUCAAUCACCAGAAUGCCUAGCUUCAGUUUCCAGUCAUAUCACUGGCCUGAGUGACUGCAGCAGCCAAGUUUCAGAUGGAGCCUCCUGCAGCGCUGGAUCCAAUGACAGCAACCACUCUGGAACCUGUAACGGUCCCAAUGGAAUUUGUGAUGGUGAUGAGGAAGCCAUGGAUCACCAGGAGAGUCCAGAACCAGAGAACAGCCAUUCAGACACUGUGGAUGGAGAGGAGGAUUCAGAACCAGAGAAUGGGCCCAAUAGCAGUGCUGGAAAAUCUUUUACUUCUCGGCCAAAACUCUUUUCUUUCAGCAUGGUCAACUCCUACGGCACAGCCAACAUUAGUUCUGUCCCAUUUGAUGGCAAUCUCCUAAAGCUCACAACUCACUCUACAGUAGCCAUUGAUUGGGACUCGGACACAAAGAAGUUGUGCUAUGAUGACCAGGAGGCUGAGGCCUAUGACAAACAUGAGAGCAUGCUACAUGCUCAGAAGAAGAAGACUACAGUAGCUUUACGAGAAUGCAUUGAGCUCUUUACUACAAUGGAGACCCUAGGAGAACACGACCCCUGGUACUGCCCCACGUGUAAGAAACACCAGCAGGCCACAAAGAAGUUUGACCUAUGGUCUCUCCCACGAAUUCUGGUCGUGCAUCUGAAGCGCUUCUCAUACAACCGCUGCUGGAGAGACAAGCUCGACACAGUAGUAGACUUUCCAAUUAGGGACUUGAACAUGUCAGAGUUUGUUUGUGACCCCAAAGCUGACCCAUAUGUCUAUGAUCUGAUUGCCGUUUCCAACCAUUAUGGAGGAAUGGGCGGAGGCCACUACACGGCAUACGGCAAGAACAAGAUGGAUGGAAAAUGGUAUUACUUUGACGACAGCAGUGUGUCGUCGUCAACUGAGGAUCAGAUUGUGACUAAAGCAGCCUAUGUGCUCUUUUACCAACGCAGAGAUGCAGACACGCCGUCCAAAUCCACCCCCUCCGCAUCACUAGGCGGAGCUCCAGAGACCCUGGAUGACCACAUGGACACCAACUGAGUUUCUUUUAGUCUUUCAAGGACUGGCACUGAAACAAAAACUACAUAAAGAUGAAAUCAUCAAUGCACCAAUGCACAUCCCUGGCUACUUCAGUGACUAUUAAAGGCUCACCAACAGGCCCUUUGUUUUUAGAUUUAUUUAAAUGUUUUCUUUCACACAUGCUUCUUUAUCAAGAGCCAAAAAAAAUGAAUAUUAAUAAUAAAGAGAAUUUUAGUUUGAAGCGUGACAUGAAAGACUUUAUUCUUGGACCUUGAUGCCUGCUGAUCAUAGAAGCUCAUUUCUUUUAGUCUGAAAUGUGAAUGAGGGAGAUACGGCAAUAUAACCUCUCUUUGGACAACAUGAAUGUUAGAUGAACUAGAUCGGGAGAGGGGAAAUGCCUAGACAUAGACUAUGUAUGCAACAUUACGCUCAUCUGAAAUGUUUCAAUUAUGCCUCUACACACUUACGUUGGACUCUAGCUAUCAGCAUCUUGUAACAUGUGCCUCCUGUGAAGAAUAGACACUCUGUGUUUAAUAACUUUAGCGUGUGGUGAUAAGCACAGAGAUUCUCUCGGAGAAGCUUGCGCUCUUACAUUAAAUAUUGUCUCCAUGUUUUGUUUAUCCUA